AUGACAAGUAAGGAGGGCUAUAUGGCUUCGAAGCUUGACAUGAGCAAGGCUUAUGACCGUAUUGAAUGGUCUUUUCUAAGGGUUGUACUUUAUAAACUGGGCUUUUGCAAUAAAUGGGUGGAGUUGGUGAUAAGGUGCAUUGAAACAGUUUCAUAUGCAAUCCUAGUGAAUGGCACUCCCUUGGAUUUCUUCCAACCAACUAGAGGCAUCAGACAACAUGAUCCCCUCUCACCUUAUCUAUUCAUCAUGUGUGCAGAGGCCCUUAGUAACCUGAUUAACAAGGCAGAAGAUAAAGGACUGAUUCAUGGAGUCCCUAUGGCCAAAGCCUCGGGACAAAGGCUCAAUUUGGAAAAAACCUCUAUCAUCUUCAGCAAAAACACAGCAAAGAUGGCCCAACAAUACAUUUUAUCCAUUGCAGGGGUAAGGACAACAAUGACCUAUGAGAAAUACCUAGGCCUGCCUUCAAUGGUGGGAAGGAGCAAAUGGAACUCCUUUAAAGGGAUCUUGGAUAAGUUCAGAUCAAGAAUCAGCAGUUACAAAAUUAAACUGAUGUCCAAAGCAGGUAAGGAGAUCCAUAUAAAAGCAGUGCUUCAAGCUCUCCCCUCUUAUACAAUGAGUGUUUUCAAUCUGCCCAAGUCCCUCCUCAAAGACAUAAAUAGUGUGAUCCAUAACUUUUGGUGGGGACAGCAAGAAAGGGAACAUAAGAUCCAUUGGGUCUCGUGGAAAAGGAUGAGCAAAGCAAAAGCUGAAAGGGGAAUGGGAUUUAGGGACCUUGAGGUUUUUAACAAGCAAUGUUGGCAAAACAAUGCUGGAGACUGA